UCAGGUCUCUGAGGUUCCACCAAAAUAUGGAACUUGAUUUUGGACAUUUUGACGAAAGAGACAAGACAUCCAGGAACAUGCGAGGCUCACGGAUGAAUGGGCUGCCCAGCCCCACUCACAGCGCCCAUUGUAGCUUCUACCGAACCAGAACCUUGCAGGCACUGAGCAACGAGAAGAAAGCCAAGAAGGUACGUUUCUACCGCAAUGGGGACCGCUACUUCAAGGGGAUUGUGUACGCUGUGUCCUCUGACCGUUUUCGCAGCUUUGACGCCUUGCUGGCUGACCUGACUCGAUCUCUGUCUGACAACAUCAACCUGCCUCAGGGAGUGCGUUACAUUUACACCAUUGAUGGAUCCAGGAAAAUCGGAAGCAUGGAUGAACUGGAGGAAGGGGAAAGCUAUGUUUGCUCCUCAGACAACUUCUUUAAAAAGGUGGAGUACACCAAGAAUGUCAAUCCCAACUGGUCUGUCAAUGUGAAGACAUCCGCCAAUAUGAAAGCCCCCCAAUCCCUGGCUAGCAGCAACAGUGCCCAGGCCAGAGAGAACAAGGACUUUGUGCGCCCCAAACUGGUGACCAUCAUUCGCAGCGGGGUGAAGCCUCGGAAGGCUGUGCGUGUGCUUCUGAACAAGAAGACAGCCCACUCUUUUGAGCAAGUCCUCACUGACAUCACCGAAGCCAUCAAGCUGGAGACUGGGGUUGUCAAAAAACUCUACACUCUGGAUGGAAAACAGGUAACCUGUCUCCAUGAUUUCUUUGGUGAUGACGAUGUGUUUAUUGCCUGUGGUCCUGAAAAAUUUCGCUAUGCUCAGGAUGACUUUUCUCUGGAUGAAAACGAAUGCCGAGUCAUGAAGGGAAACCCAUCGGCCACAGCUGGCCCAAAGGCCUCUCCAACCCCUCAGAAGAGUUCAGCUAAGAGCCCUGGCCCCAUGCGCCGGAGCAAGUCUCCAGCUGACUCAGGUAACGACCAAGACGCAAACGGGACCUCCAGCAGCCAGCUCUCCACCCCCAAGUCUAAACAGUCACCCAUCUCCACGCCCACCAGUCCUGGCAGCCUCCGGAAGCACAAGGAUCUGUACCUGCCUCUGUCCUUGGAUGACUCAGACUCGCUCGGUGAUUCCAUGUGAAGGAGAAGAGAACGUUCAGAGUCCAGAGUACAAAUCCAAGCUUACCGUUACAAUAGGGUACUUCUGCUCAAGGGUCCAACACGGCUACUGGUGCUUUCAAGUUUUUAUUUUUUUGUUGUUGUUAUUUUUAAAAACACACUGUAAUAUGUUGGGUUUAUUUUCCUGUGAUUUCUCCUCUGGGCCACUGAUCCACAGUUAACCAACCAUAAGAGAUAGAUUGAUAACCAUCCUUUGGGGUAACUUUCCGGGGAUGCAAAACGUGCUAGUCCAUGACCUUUCUAUUGAACACAUAGGCGCCUGUGCUAUUUCUCCCCUGCCUCACUUUGCUCAUACACGCGACAGUCUUCCUUCUGUAGAGGGUUGUUUACAUACAUAGCACUUCAAAUGUGUAUGUGGGAAAGAAACUCAUUGGCAAAUCCAAGAGUGACAAACACAAGUGCCCCUUGUCUCCCGAUCUCAAGAAUGCUGGAGACUCCCGGGAGGACGGCAAGGCAGCUCCCCAGGCUCGCGCUUCACUCCUGAUUGAGCCCCCCAGUUUGUUGUCCCACAACAAUUCUGGCUGUCAAGGGGGAGAAACACCAGCAACUUGUAAUUCUGACACCAGAUGUUUAGGAUCCCCGUGCAGGGCUAGCUAAAAAGAGACUAGGCAGAACUGAGUGAGAAACACUGUAGACAUUUCAGUAGAGUUUCUAAAGCACAGUGAAUUUCUUGUCGAUCUCUCCAGUGGGGCACUUUGGAAUCAAUAAGCAAUUAAGAAUUGGUGGUGAGGGACUUCAUAUACCCGAUUCCUCUAGGACGCUAACAUAGCGAGUUAUUACACAAAACUGUAUGGUAUCCAUCUAUCUCUGUUCUAUUGAAUGCCUUGUAAACAGCCAACACUGAAAACACUGUGAGAAUUUGUUUUCAGGUCUGACACCUUUUGGUCGCUUUUUAUAGCAAGAAACCAAUAUCCUUUUUAUAAAACCUCGUGUCUGUAUUUCAGGAGCAAACUCUUCAGGCUCCCUUUUUAUAAACUGGUGAUUUUUCUUUUGUCUAAAAAACACAUGCAGAAAAUUUACCAAAAAAAAAAAAUGCAGAAGAAUAACGUAGUUUAGAAAUCAUGCUGUCACUGCCAAACAGAAACCUCCAGAAGGAAACAAAAUGAAUAGCAGAGGCCAAUUCAAUAGAAUCAGUCUUUUGAUAACUUUUUAACAGUUAUGCUUACAUUAAUAAUUUCAAUGUGGACCAGACAUUCUAAUUAUAUUUUAAACGAAAUGUUACGGCAUAUUUUAAGCAACUCUUUUUUAUCGAUAAUCCUGAUAUUUCAUACUGAAGACACAGAAACCUUGCGCUUGUCUUUACCGCUAGAAAGGAUUUCUCUUUGCUAAGGACUGAUCAUUUGAAAUAGUUCUCGGUCUUUGAGGUACCGGUUCAUAACACUGCUUUUUGUCUGUAAUCAUAGCCCAUAACGGCAAAGACAACUAAAUUUAAGGGAAAGCCAUGCAUGCCAAUUCUGUGUUUGCUUUUAGCAGAUAUGAAGAUUUCCUUAUUUCUUUGUAAUUGUUCGGAUAGUUUGCAAGGGGCAGCAUUCAAAGCCGAGCCGCUGUUUGGCUAGUGUUGUUCCUCCACUUGUGCUGGAAUGAGCUUGGUGUGUGUGUGCAUGUGCGUGUGUGUGUGUGCACAUGUAUGCGCAUGUGCGUGCACCAGCCGUUCCUUCAUGAUUAGGAUCGUGGGUCGUACAUGGAUCGGUGGCAACUUGGUGGUGUUGCUGAUGUGCGCUAUGUAGAAGGGAACCCAGGGGUGGAUGGGGUAUCUCAGAUACCCGUGGACGAGCUUCAGGUGUCCGUAGCUACAAGAAAUACUUUUGGUUCGAGAAAAGUCCUGAUGAUGGUAGUACUGAUUCCUGGUCACAUGGGUCAUUGAAGAACCCCAAAUCGUGAGAACCUCCUUUUGCCCCUCUCCUUUAUGUGUAGGCCUGUUAGAAACCAUUAAGAAGCCCAUUUUACCUACCCCCUACUUCCUUGUGGAAGCUCCAGGUUUUCUUAGUGCCUCCCAGAACAAUUUGUAGUUAAUUGGGAAAAAAGAGCAAGCCAGAGGAGGAGUUCAGAUUUCCUCCUGUGCAGGCCUGAAGCCACCUCUCUGAGCGUUUCCUUGAUCGUGGCGUAUGUACUCAAUGGACAUAUUUUCUGUGGAGUGACCUUUGAUCCAACCGUCUUCUGUAAUAAAAGUAGAUGUUUCCAUCUUCCUUGUAAUCAGUUAGAAGAGAAUGUUUCUGUACCGCCACUUCAGGGGGCUUGGUAUAGUUCCAAAUCCAAGCCUUUAAUAAGUGCAUUUUAAAUUGGCCCAUUUUCAAGGCAGAAAAGAAAAAAAAACCCAAAACAUUGGAACGGAGCGCCUUCACCCCUGUCAUUCAUUCCCGAUUUUGCCCAAUCCGGUUUUACCACUGAAGUCAUUCAGCAAGCAUCUGCCACCACUCUCCACCCCCCCCGCCCCAUCCUCCCUCCCUGUUUUACACGUGCACACACACACGUGCACACACACACACACACACACACACACAGUCCAUCUGUUGCUUGUUCCUACCUCCUGAUUUUUCUCCCUUACAGAAAUAGAAAUAGGGACAAAGAAGGGGAAAAUGUAUAUAUGGGGGCUGGGCUGAACAACUUCAUAAGUAGUGUUAACUAGGGGUGAAUUGAGAGAAAACUUCCUUUUCUCUUCACUGUUUUGGAAAGGAUAGCCAUUAGCAUGACUGCUUUGUGUCCUUACGGACUUUAGUAUUAGCCUAGAUUGAAUCAUAGAGUUUUCUAGCUGGAAGGAACCUUAGGAUCACAUCAUCUACUCCAAAUUCCUCAUUUUCACGCCAGGAACGGAGAUGCAGAGGUAAAGUAAUUUCCCCAAGGUCACACAGCUGGCUAGGGGCAGGGCUGGGAUUAGAACCCACACCUCCUGGCUCUUGUUCCAGAGCCUUUUCCCACUGAACCGUAUUGCCUUCCGCUAGGCCCCUGGGGAUUCUUUGCCAGGGUCAUUUUGGAUCUUGGAGCCAUAUGCUGCUGCCCUGAGCUCAGUGGGAAACCCACCCAGCAACCCAAUACGGCUCUUUCUCCCUGUGUUCACAUGGUUCCCAUCCACAUGGGCGGCAGAUGUCCCCAAAGAGAAGGAGGCAUUGAGGACCAGCAGGAACAAUGAGGUCCCAGACCUUGUCCACCCAAGACAGAGGAUCACUUCCCCACCUUGAGGAGCCCUCAGAACAGCCUUCUGAGCUCCUGCCCGGUCCAGCCGGAAUUGGAGGAAGCCCAAUUUUCCCGGUCAGCUCACCUCCUCUCCUCUCAUACCGGUUGGUCUUUGUAGGCUGAGGGAAAUGUUUCUUAUUCCUAGAGCAGGGAAAGGAAGGAAGGAAGGAAGAGCAGAACAACAGCUUUGUUCAUCCUGACUCCCUGAUGGCUUUUCAGUCUUUUUUGAAUGAGUGUGGCUGCCAUUAAUUGGCAGUGGCUUCUUUUAACAUAUAGGGGAGAGGCAAGCUAGAGGAAACGACCCGGUCUUGCUGUGGUUGGUUGUCAUCCACCAUGUUCCCACAGCCAUCCUGCCUUGAUGGGGACAAUUUCCAGGUAAAAGCAAGGGGCAUUGUAACUAAAAUGUACCCUGGCUGAUGUUAAACAUCGGCUCCUUGUGUUUGCACUAAAAUAGCAAGCUAUGUGCUCGACACGCCAUACUCAUCUUCUUGGGUACACUGCUUGCUUCCGUGGCCUUUGAUGGCAGAAGCCAGGGCAACAAGGUCUGAACGCGUGGUUUUCCUCGCAGCAAGGCUCUUUCUGGGGACUAAGGGGUAUUCAUACGUUCAGUUCCAAGAGAUCUCCUUCUGGGUUUACCCCCACUUCUCAGGAAAUUCUCUCUUCCUCCUGCUUCUCCUGCCCAAUCAGAAGUAACCAACGUACUUUCAAGUGGACGUAGAGUUCUAAGAAGAAGGAAAACAGAAGGGGUCUGAGCCCCUAGAUCCUUCUUUGAAUUGCCCAGUCAAAGUCUUAGAGCAGCAAUCCAGUGCCUGCCUUGGACAAGAGUGUGUCUUCUUCUCUACUGCCUUCAAAACUCUGGAAGGAUAUGCCCUCAGUUCUGCUCAGAUGUGGUUCUAAAUAGGUUUUCUUUUUUUUUCUUUUUUUUAAUGCUUAUUUAUUUUUGGGGGAGAGAGAGAGACAGAGAGACAGAGCGUGAGCACGGGCGGGGCAGAGAGAGAGGGAGACACCGAAUCAGAAGCAGGCUCCAGGAUCUGAGCUGUCAGCACAGAGCCUGACGCAGGGCUCAAACUCACGAACCGUGAGAUCAUGACCUGAGCCGAAGUCGGUCGCUCAACAGACUGAGCCACCCAGGUGCCCAAUAAGUUUUCUUUAAAAAAAAACAACACACACACACAUCUCCCUUGGACAAGGGAAUAAGUAUGCCCAGGUGCCCCAAAUGAGCUCUAGCACACUGAUGAGAGUGAUUUCAAAGACCAGCCUACCUCCAAAACAUCUUUGCGAAGAGAUAUCUUCAGACGGAUGUUCUGGGACAGUGGGGUUUGAGCAACCUCCUUAGCUACCCAAUUUGUUAUGGGGAAUAAAAGGCACUGGAGUUCUAUUUUUUGAAGAAGGCCAUUGGAACUUGUACAAAGGGCCACUUGAAUCUCCAAGGCCAGACCUCAGUCAUGUAUUGCCCUCACUGCAUUGAAGGAUUUAGCUCCUAGGCCUAGGCUGGUUUUAUCAGUAAACCGUCAGUAUUUUGAAGGUCAUCUGAGAUGGGCAGGGGAUGGGCAUUAAGAGUCCUAUGUUUGGGGACCUGGAAUCCACAGAGAAUAAAGUCUCAGACAUUGAUAUGCCAGAAGUGAUCUAGCUCCUCCUAGCCCCUUCCACUUUUUCUUUUCAGAGAUUAGAAAGCUUACUCUCCAUCAGCCUGUCUUUCAGUAUGCCUGGUUAAAGAAUUUUGCCCCUCCUG